GCUCAGUAUCCUCCGCUGCGCAAACAGUUCCACAGCCCGCCGCAACCGCGGAGGAGCAGCUUGGGACGCAGCGUGUCUCCGCCCUGCGGUGCAGCUAGGGGGUGUGCUUUGGGGGCAAAGAAGGUAGCUAGGAGUAGGACCCAGGGUCGUGCUCCUCUCUGCCUUUCCCUCGCUUCCUGGCACCAAGGCUGCACGAGCCCAAGGGUGAUUUUUCCUUGGGCCCAAUAUGAUACUAACUAAAGCCCAGUACGAGGAGAUAGCCCAGUGCCUAGUGUCUGUACCGCCCACCAGGCAGAGCCUGAGGAAGCUGAAGCAGAGGUUCCCCAGUCAAUCGCAGGCCACUCUGCUGAGCAUCUUCUCCCAGGAGUACCAGAAACAUAUUAAAAGGACACAUGCCAAACAUCACACACCAGAAGCGAUGGAAAGUUAUUACCAGAGGUACCUGGAAGGUGUGGGGAAAAACGGAGCAGCCCCUGUGCUCCUCGAGCUGGCCAAUGAGGUGGACUAUGCACCCUCAUUAAUGGCUCGGAUUAUCCUGGAGAGAUUUCUUCAAGGGCAUGAACAGACUCCACCCUCCAAGUCUGUUAUCAAUAAUAUGCUACGGGACCCUUCUCAGAUUCCAGAUGGAGUUCUAGCCAACCAGGUCUAUCAGUGCAUUGUGAACGACUGCUGCUAUGGGCCGCUGGUGGACUGCAUCAAGCAUGCUAUUGGCUAUGAGCAUGAAGUCCUGCUGAGAGACCUGCUUCUGAAGAAAAACCUGUCCUUCCUUGAUGAAGAUCAGCUCCGUGCAAAGGGCUAUGACAAAACACCAGACUUCAUUUUACAGGUGCCAGUUGCUGUGGAAGGGCACAUAAUUCACUGGAUUGAAAGCAAAGCCUCAUUUGGUGAUGAAUGUAGCCACCACGCCUACCUGCAUGGCCAGUUCUGGAGCUACUGGAAUAGGUUCGGACCUGGCUUGGUCAUCUAUUGGUAUGGAUUUAUCCAGGAACUGGACUGCAACCGGGAAAGGGGCAUCCUGCUCAAAGCCUGCUUCCCCACAGACAUUGUCACCUUAGGCCACAGCACCGCUUGACCCCGAGGAUCCUGGAAGAGAAGCCGGAAGCAAUGCCGCUUUCCUGCAGUAUAAACUUCUGGCAACAUCUGCCCUGAACUUGAGCUGAACCCUGGCUGCUGCAGUCUCAGCCCUACCUCUCUAGACAAACAUAUCAAAAGGUUCUGCUUUCCUUCAGCCCCGGCUGAUGGGAAUAGCCGAGAACUCCGGACAUAACCCGCUCACUAUCAGCAUCUCCGUCUCUGACACACGCUUAGUUUAUAGAGAGUCGUAAUCCUGCUUCCUUCCUGAUGCUUUCUCCCUGUACACUGAACAGAAGGAAAGGUGUGGAGUCUGAAGGGUGGGGUUUUCCAGUUCUCCUCCCUGUCGUCCCAUGACUUCUUUUCCUUCUAAACCUCCUUCCACCACCUCGCCCUCCUUCCUCUGUGUGGCCACUCUGAGACUAGGUGUUGCACUAACAUCAGGGACUAUUACCUAGCCCAAACCUAGGAAAUCUGGAGACAGGAAGUCUGUUAAAAAGUGUGCCUUCUCAUCCAGGGCUCAGCAGAGCAGGACAGGGACUUCUGUGGAAACUUACGGCCUCCUGACUUGUGUGGCAUCCAGCCAAGCUGCAGAAGUCCCCCUUGACGAGAACAUCCUCUGUUCAUAAAGCUUAUUCGGACCCCCAAACAUUUUACUGACGUUGCCUUAGAGGGUGAGUUGCAUUGUGUAUGCAAACCAUGCUCCUUUGGCUUACGUGAGGCCGAGCACUAAAGCUACGCCUCCCUGUCGACGGCGGCCCUUUGAACAGGACUGCUGGCCUGUACAAUAUUGGCCACUAUUUUUACAAGAUAUUUUUUAAAAAGUAUAUUCAUGCAUACUGCCUUGUGUCUGCAUUUUAUACCAAAUAAUUGUGUAACACUCAAAUAAUUUAGACAUUAUAAAUAAUCAGCUUUGAAUGAAUUAAGUGUACCAGAAAAAAAUCCUAGAGCGGUUUUUAAAUAAUCAAAAUAAAAGAGAUUUUUGUAUUUAUUCACUUUAAUUUAUUCACUUUUAUAUACUGCAGACCAGACUUGUCAGAAGCAAAACAUUAAUAAAAUAAUUCUAAACCUA